AUGAUUGUUCGAUCAUCCAUCCCUGCGCCCAUCCGCGCAGCCUAUAAGGCCGUUGCCUCGUCAUCCUUCAAGCCUAACAGCUUCCAGCAGCACCUCUCUAAACCUGUCUUUGCUUCUCGUCGCUACAACAGCUCAAAGGCCUCCACAGAAAAAGCCUCCAAGUACGUUGGUGCAGGAAUCCUUACUCCAAACAGUUCCAAAGAAGGUCUUGUCGAUGUCACCAAUGUUCUUGUCAUUGGUUCCGGUGGUUUAAGCAUUGGCCAGGCAGGUGAAUUCGAUUACUCGGGUUCUCAGGCUAUCAAGGCUCUCAAAGAAGAAAACAAAAAGUCAAUUCUUAUCAACCCAAAUAUUGCCACUAUCCAAACUUCUCACGGCCUCGCCGAUGAAGUUUACUUCCUCCCCGUUACUCCUGAAUACAUUAUUGACAUUAUUGAGCGCGAAAAACCCGAUGGUAUUCUUUUGACUUUUGGUGGCCAAACUGGCCUCAACGUCGGUGUCCAGCUUGACAAGAUGGGUGUCUUUGAACGCUACGGUGUCAAGGUCCUUGGUACCCCCAUUAAGACCCUUGAAACCUCUGAAGAUCGUGAUUUGUUUGCCCAGGCUCUUAAGGAAAUUAACAUCCCUAUUGCCGAAUCUAUUGCCGUUGAUACUGUUGAUGAUGCUCUUUCUGCCGCUGAAAAGGUCGGCUACCCCAUCAUUGUUCGUUCUGCUUAUGCUCUUGGUGGUCUUGGUUCCGGUUUUGCUAACAACAAGGAAGAAUUGUACAACUUGGCCUCUCAGUCUCUCUCCCUCGCCCCUCAAAUUCUUGUCGAAAAGUCUUUGAAGGGCUGGAAGGAAGUCGAGUACGAGGUUGUCCGCGACCGCCUUGGUAACUGUAUCACUGUCUGCAACAUGGAAAACUUUGAUCCUCUCGGUAUCCACACUGGUGACUCCAUUGUCGUUGCUCCUUCUCAGACUCUUUCUGAUGAGGAGUACCACAUGCUUCGUUCUGCUGCUAUUAAGAUUAUCCGUCACCUCGGUGUCGUUGGUGAGUGCAACGUCCAGUACGCUCUCCAGCCUGAUGGUCUUGACUAUCGUGUCAUUGAGGUUAAUGCCCGUCUCUCCAGAUCUUCUGCUCUUGCUUCCAAGGCUACCGGCUAUCCUCUUGCUUACACUGCUGCUAAGAUUGGUCUUGGUCACACUCUUCCUGAACUCCCUAACGCUGUUACCAAGACUACCUCUGCUAACUUUGAACCUUCCCUUGAUUACAUGGUCACCAAGAUCCCCCGAUGGGAUUUGUCCAAGUUCCAGCACGUCAAGCGUGACAUUGGCUCUUCCAUGAAGUCUGUUGGUGAAGUUAUGGCCAUUGGCAGAACUUUUGAGGAAUCUUUCCAAAAGGCUAUCCGCCAGGUAGACCCCUCCUUUGUUGGAUUCCAGGGUGCUCAGUUUGAUGACCUUGAUUUUGCUCUUGCUAACCCUACCGACCGUAGAUGGCUUGCCGUUGGCCAGGCCCUCAUGCACGAAGGCUACACUGUUGACCGUGUUCACGAGCUUUCCAAGAUUGACAAGUGGUUCCUUUACAAGCUUAUGAACAUUGUUAACCACCAGAAGUCUCUUGAGGCUAUUGGCAGUCUCUUUGGCGUUACCCACGACGUUAUGCUCACCUCCAAGAAGCUUGGUUUCUCUGACAAGCAGAUUUCUAUUGCUGUUGGCUGCACCGAGGAUGAAGUCCGCUCUCGCAGAUUGUCCUUUGGUAUCCGACCCUUUGUUAAGAAGAUUGAUACUCUUGCUGCCGAAUUCCCUGCCGACACCAACUACCUCUACACCACUUACAAUGCCACUACCCACGACGUUGAGUUUGAUGAAUCUGGAACCAUGGUUCUUGGUUCCGGUGUUUACCGUAUUGGUUCUUCCGUCGAGUUUGAUUGGUGCGCUGUUAACACUGCUCGCUCUCUCCGUAGUGAGGGCAAGAAGACCAUCAUGGUUAACUACAAUCCUGAGACCGUUUCAACUGAUUUCGAUGAGGUCGACAGACUCUACUUUGAGGAGCUCUCUUACGAGCGUGUCAUGGAUAUUUACGAGCUCGAGAACUCCAAGGGUAUUGUGGUUUCUGUCGGUGGCCAGCUCCCCCAGAACAUUGCCCUUAAGCUUCAGGAGGGUGGUGCCAAUGUCCUUGGUACUGAUCCCCGUGACAUUGACAAGGCUGAGGACCGUCACAAAUUCUCUUCCAUUCUUGACUCCAUUGGUGUUGACCAACCUGCUUGGAAGGAGCUUUCCUCUGUUGCUGAUGCCAAGAAGUUUGCUGAUACUGUUGGUUUCCCCGUUCUUGUUCGUCCCUCUUAUGUCCUUUCUGGUGCUGCCAUGUCUGUCAUUCGUGAUGAGACUGAGCUCGAGGCUAAGCUUACCAAUGCUGCUUCUGUUUCCCCUGACCACCCUGUCGUUAUUACCAAGUUCAUUGAGGGUGCUGAGGAAAUUGAUGUCGAUGCUGUUGCCCACGAUGGUAAGCUUCUUGUCCACGCCAUUUCUGAGCACGUUGAGAAUGCCGGUGUCCACUCUGGUGAUGCUACCUUGAUCCUUCCCCCCGUUAACCUUACCGACUCUGACAAGUCUCGUCUUAAAGAGAUUGCUGUUAAGGUUGCUGCUGCUUGGAAGAUUACUGGUCCUUUCAACAUGCAAAUCAUCAAGGCUAAGAACCCUGACAAUGUCACUUUCCCUGAUCUCAAGGUCAUUGAGUGCAACAUUAGAGCUUCCAGAUCUUUCCCCUUCGUUUCCAAGGUUUUGGGCACUAACUUCAUUGAAGUUUCCACCAAGGCUCUUCUUAACAAGGAUGUUCCUGAGCCCGUUGAUCUCAUGGCCCAGCCCCGCAACUACGUUGCCACUAAGGUUCCUCAGUUUUCCUUCACUCGUCUUGCUGGUGCUGAUCCUUUCUUGGGUGUCGAGAUGGCUUCCACUGGUGAGGUUGCCUGCUUUGGUAAGGAUCUUAAGGAGGCCUACUGGACUUCUAUGCAAUCUACUAUGAACUUCAAGCUUGCUGUUCCUCCCUCUGGUCUCCUGUUUGGCGGUGACUUGACCAACGACAAUCUUGCUCAUGUUGCCAAGACCCUUGCUCCUUUGGGCUACAAGAUUUACACAGCUUCUCCUGCAGUCAAGGAGUACCUUGACAAGGCUCUUGAGGGAUCUAGUGAAGUUUCCGUCAUUGAGUUCCCCAAGGCUGACAAGCGCAAGUUGCGUGAGGUCUUUGAGAAGUACGACAUCAAGACUGUUUUCAACCUGGCUAAGAAGCGUGCUGAGGAUCUGUUGGAUGAGGACUACGUCAUGCGCCGCAAUGCCAUUGACUUUGCCAUUCCCUUGUUCAAUGAGCCCAACACUGCUAAGCUCUUUGCUGAGUCUGUUGCUGAGAAGCUUCCUCAGAAGAAGGAGGGUGUUAUUCCCAGUGAAGUCAAGAGAUGGAGUGAAUGGAUUGGCUCCAAGUCUGUUUAA